GCUAAAUCGACUAUCUUAUGGCCUGACUCGCAACGGGGUGCUGCUACAUCGACUAACAAAUAGCCUGACUCCCAACGGAGUGGUGCUACAUCGACUGAGGGUUUGGUUUGGGCAGGCAGUCUAUCAAAUAAUUAAUAUACACUCUUAAAAAAGUUCCGGUAAAAUUUGCUUGAACUGUUCAGGCUAUUUUUAACGCCUGAAACUUUAUUUUUUAACAACUGAAAGUUCGAUCGUUGCGUUCCUAUGAUACCUUUUCUAUGAAAAUGGAAUUUCUAUGGAAGCAACUGCUAAAUUGUCGAGUGAAGAUAUUGACGGAGAUGCAUUUGUGCAAAUGAACUCUGUUUUGUUUCAUUGUAUUGGAAUAAAAAUGGGUCAAGCUAUAAAGCUUCAGUCUGUCAUUGCAGCAGAAAAGGAAUGUUCAUCUUUUAUUUAAGCCUUGUCAACUUCGAUGUAAUGUCGGUGGUUGUAUACGAUUGUUUACUACAUAUAAUAUGCUAAGAAAACAUAUAAAUAAAGAUCAUACCGGUUUUGUAGUUAAUAUUGAUCGAACAUUUAACAUAAGUUGUGAAAUUCCAGUAACACCUAAUUCUGAAGCUAAAAGUAAUAUUAAAUUAACCAAAGGAUGUGAAAAAAAAAUUGAAGAUGUUGCCUCACCUAUUGUUGAUGAAUAUGGCAUAUCACAAGCAGCAUUAAAAUUUAUUAUGGCUUUAAUGUACUUCAGAGUUUGUUAAGAACUGUUCACAAAACCUUAUUGAAGACAUAUUAGUUAUUUACUAGGUAAAACAGUUUCAGUAUUGGAAACAUGUAGGUGUGAGAAGCAUUUAAUAGACAACUUAAAAGAAGAGUUUAACAGACGGAAAACACCUUUUAGUGGGAUUGACUCACAACAUCGAAUAUUAUCAUAUUUGAAAAAUAAAGGCCUGUACAUUGAACCAGCACCACAUUCAAUGGGUGAACGAUGGAAUACAAAACGUGAUAGAAAGACUAAAAAGCAAAUACAAGUCAAAGUAAAAGAUUUGUUUUAUUACAUACCUAUUGAAAGCACAAUAAAGCUUGUGUUGUUACACCCUGACACCAUGAAUAUGUAAAAAGUGGAGCAAAUAUCUAAUUUUGAAUUUGUCGAAGAUUGGUUUUGUGGUGGAAAAGGUAAAAACUUAAUGGCAUAUGCCAAAUUUAAAUUUCCUAAAAGUUUCCCUUUGUUUAUUCAAAUAUACUUCGAUGAAGUAGAGACCGCAAAUCCUCUUGGAUCAAAAACAGGCAUUCAUAAACUUGAUGCCUUUUAUUUUGUGAUAAAGAACUUUCCUCAUGCAGCAAACUCAUCCUUGAACAACAUUCAUAUGUUAGCAUUAACUCACGCAAUAGACAUAAAGAAAUAUUCAGCAGAGCCAGUGAUAAAAGUGAUUUUAAAUGAAUUGCAAAAACUUCAUGACAAACGAUUUGAUAUUUUUAUUGAAGGCAAAAAAACUAACUUUAAAUAUUUUAUAAUCCAAGUUGUUGGAGAUAAUUUAGGUCUGCGCUCUAUACUAGGAUAUAUGGAAAAUAUCAGUACUGUUUCAUUUCCAUGUGACAUGUGUAUGAUAUCAAAAGUUGACAUCCAGCAUGUUUUUAAAGAAGACAAACAAGCUCUAAGAACAGAUGUUUUAUACAACUCUCAAGUUCAGCAGAUGCAACGAGGGGAAAUUUCUAAUAAGAAUUGUGGAAUUAAACGGUUAAGUUGUUUAACUGAAUUGCCUUAUUAUCAUCCUGCUUCAAAUGAUUCUGCAGACAUAAUGCAUGAUAUUUUUGAAGGAGUUAUUCCGUGUGAAGUUAAAUUGUUUCUUUAUCAUGUGUUAUAUGACGUCAAAUGUAUGUCCAUUACAAAACUGAAUAGGCGCAUCAAGUUUAUGGAUUAAGGUAUUGUUUGCAGCUCAAAACCUAGUACUAUUAAUGAGUCACAUAUGAAAAGUACUGACUCUUUACUAGGUCAACACUCUGCUCAGAUGCUUACACUGUUUAUGUAUUUGCCACUUAUUUUGUCUGAUGUUAUUGAUAAAGUUGAUACACAAAAGUGGAAACUUUACCAAAUCUUAAAACAUUUGUGUGAAGUAAUUUUAUCUCCUAAUUUAAAUUCUUUACAAAUCACAUAUAUUGAGGAACUAGUAAUGGAACAUCAUUCAUUGAUGAAAGAAUGUUAUCCUGAGAAAAAACUUCUUUAUAAGCAUCAUAGAAUGAUUCAUUAUAGAACUAUUAAACAACGAAGUGGACCUCUUCUUCAUAUGAUUGUUAUAAGGUAUGAAGCUAAGCAUAAUUUUUCUAAAAGAUUAGCUCAUAUUGUUUGCAAUUUUCAGAACAUUUCUUUUUCAAUUGCAAAGAGACAUCAAAUUGCUCAUGCCUUAGCUUGGAUGACUCAUGGUCCCUUAAAAACCAUUGCUGAUGUAAAAAAUGUAUUUUUAGUUUCAGAAUUAGAGGGCAAAAAUCUUAUUAUUCCUUUUAUUGGUGAAGAAAGUGAAGUUUUAGCUGUUGAUUGUGUUACCAUAUUGGGUCAGAAAUACAGAUUAUGUGAAACAAUUCUUUAUGGUUUUAAUAGUGAUGGUGAACCAAGUUUUGUUCACAUUGACCAGAUUUUUGUUCAUAGUGAAGUUGUGUAUUUUUUCACAACAAAGUGGGUUGUCCACAAAUACUGCAAUCUAUCUUUAUCUUACUGUUGUUCACUAGAUAGCCAAAAACUAUGUAUAAGAAUAUGUGACAUAAUAGAUUACAAACCUCUUAAUGCAGUGCAUUGUUUGAAAAUAAAUUGCGAAUUUAUGCACAUUAUUUUGAAUCAUCAAUUGUGUCAAGAUAACUUUCUAUACCUAUCCCAUGAAAUAUCUGGUGAUAUUGUAAAUAUUUAUUAUAUAUAGUUUUAUAUUUUCUAAUAACUUCUAUGGUAAAAACAAUCUGUUUAUUAUAAAUAUAGUUACAUACGUACAUAUAUAUACAACCCUCAGAAUUAGAAAAAUAAUAUUAGUCGGCAAUAAAAUGCAGACCUUAAACUGCUUUAGAUAGGCAAAAACAUAUUUUUACAAAGGUUUUACCAUAAAAGAUAGGAAAUAAGUCAACAAAUAAUGAACUGCGAACCUUGAAGUUCAGGAGUUAGGUAGGCAUGUCGGUAAGAGUAAGAGAGAGCUAUUUUUUAGUAAUUUUGAAAGUAUAGCAGUUUGUAAGUUUAAGUAAAUUGAAUUAUUUGUUAUG